GGUCCAGGUCACGUUCACUCUCUGCUUAGGCGGCGUCACGGUGUUGAGGAACCGUGGGAAUUCCAACAAGACCAAAACAACGUUAAAGGACUGGGACAAGGACACACGUGGCCACGCCGCGUGCUUGUGAGAACAUGGACGACGCUUCACUUUCGGUCCAGGUCACGUUCACUCUCUGCUUAGGCGGCGUCACGGCGUUGAAGAACCGAGGGAAUUCCAACAAGACCAAAACAACGUUAAAGGACUGGGACAAAGACACACAUGGCCACGCCGCGUGCUUGUGAGAACAUGGACGACGCUUCACUUUCGGCCUGUACUUACUGUGGAGUGGCAGAGGAAGCCGAAGAGCACCAUGACCACAGCAGGGCAUCGUCUGUCUCCGCCUCUCCGCCUUCAUCACUUCCAAACUCAACUACUGCAUUAGCCUACCCUCCACCUUGCUCCAAAAACUGCAAUACAUCCAGAACUCUGCCUCCCGCCGCCGCCUCACCCACACCCGCUUUGGAGAGCACGUCAGCCCCAUCCUCAAACUCCACCGGCUCCCCGUACAAUACCACAUCCGAUACAAGGUCCUCAUCAUCACCUACAAGUCCCUCCGUAACCUGGCCUCUUCCCCUCACCCCGACCUUCUCCAUCAGCGCUGUCCUGCCCGCCGCCUUAGAUCAGCCCACAGCAACCUCCUUACUCCCCUCAGAACUAAGCACCUCCUCACUCCCUCAAUCAGGACAAAGCACCUCCUCACUCCCUUCAUCAGACCCAAGAACCUCCUCAAUCCCUUCAUCAAAACAAAGCACCGGACCUCGGGGGAGCUAGCCUUUGCUGCCGCCGCCCCCUCGCUCUGGAACUCACUCCCACAAUCCUCGAAUUAAAACUUACCUGUUCAAUCUG